AGUAAACGUAUAGGACGCAAGAUGGAGAAUAGUAAUGAAAUGAAAAUUCCGGAUGAUGUUGACAAGGAAUCGAAACCACUGGACGAUGGUGAAAAGGGUUCUGUUUACACACUCAGUCUUGGUUUUGACGCCGAUGAUGUGAUCAGCGCUUCGGAUAUGCCUAAUGUUGUGAAUGAAAAUGAUAAUGUGUCAGAAAACAUCAGUGAACUGAUUGCAGACAUUGAUAAAGAGAUAGAAGAUGAAAAUUUGGCAGUACUCGAAAGAAGUAAAUCAAGGUUCAAAGGACGAACUACUAAGAGCAGAGGAGAUAGUUUGACAUCAUCUACAGAUGGAGUUACAGAAGUUAAAACCACCACUAAGAAGGCGACAACUUCAACCGAAAGCUUCGACCAAUCAAAAAUAAUUAAAAAUGGCGAUAUUGAUUCUCAGACGUCUUCUGAAAAUCAAAAGAAGCACAAUCCUGACAAGAGUGUCGAUGUUAAUGACAUUAGUCCGAAAACUCACUGGCAAUCCAAAAUUAGUUUAUCAAAAGUCACAGAAUCAUCGGCGCUUAUUGGAAUCCCAAGCAAUGUAAGAAAAGAAUCCCUAACCGUUCCGACGAUGGCACAAAUUCCGUCGGAACCUUUGCCGACACGUCGGGAUUCCAGUACAUCUUCGAAAUUCUCGUUGCUAAUAUCUCCUCGUUCUAUAGAUGGUAAAAAUAUAGACUUUUCUGUUGUCCAAAUGCCCCCAGAGGAAAAGAAGGCGUCAGUUUUUACGCCUGAGGAUUCUUGGAUUCGCCAGGCGAUCCCGUAUCUUCCUUUGUGGGUGUCCAUCGUGUGCCUCAUUCUGAACAUAAUCGUUCCCGGAUCAGGUACAGUUCUGAGCGGGAUGUGCAUUUUCUGCUGCGGGAAGUCGCGGAUCCCUGUAAAGUAUGACCAGGACCACGUUGUAAUCCUGUGCACGAACACGUGGGUUGGCGUGGCCCAAUUGUUCACUGUCACCUUCCUGUUCGUGGGCUGGUUCUGGAGCCUCGCAUGGGGAAUCAAGAUGAUCAUUCUGUCAGUCCAGAGACGUCAGGAGCUUGCUGACCAACGGGCUAUUGAGCUGCAGACGAUGGCGCUCAGUGCCUUUGGCACAUUGCCAAAGCGUGGCGUCUGAGCACGAUCAGUUUGCAUUUGUCCGCCCGUUCGUUUUCAUGUUGCUAUGUGGCCGCUUGUUGAUAUUGGAUGUCAAAGAAGUUUUAAUAUAUAAAUGCAUGC